AUGGGCAGAACACGGACGAAGGACAAAUACCGGAGUGUGUACACAGAUCAUCAGCGACUUGAAUUGGAAAAAGAGUUCCACUAUAACGUCUACAUCGAUGUUGUCCGUAAAGCUGAACUGGCCCAGGAAUUAGGAUUAUCUCAAAGGCAGAUUAAGAUAUGGUUUCAAAACAGACGUGCCAAAGACAGAAAACUACGCCAAAGGCAAGCAACUCGUGAUGUUUCAGUGAAAUUAGAACCAAAAGAUUCUUUACUUUUAUCUAGUUCCUUACCAUCUCCACAAGAUUCUCCAAGAAGUCGAAAUUCUUGUGAUGAAUCGGUCAUUGUAUAG